ACCACCCUCCUGUCCCUCCUGCUCUCACAUUUUUGCUGAGCUCACAGAUGAUGUUAAUUAAAGUCCAAAAGUACAGGUCUUAGUGUGGAUGUUGGGCCUCGAGCCAGAGAUCCUUCAGCCUGAAGGAUCCUUACGUGUCACAUGGUAAUACUUUGGUAGUCUGUUACCAACUUUGCAGGUCAUAAAAGCACUGUGAUUGUCAGUUUAAAUAUUAACUUACAGGACGAGAGUCAAAUUGACUUGGUGGCUGGAUGUUGCUUUAAGCUGGACGCUGCUUUCUCUGUCCCUCACUGCACUCUGAGGACACUCUGAUACCAAUAUGAGCAACUUUGGGCAGAUCCUGAAGGAGAUCGGGGAGUUUGGUUUAUUCCAGAAACGUGUAGUGGCUGCACUAUGCAUCCCCAGCAUUUUUGUAGCUUUUGAUGUGAUUGGUCAGGUUUUUACCGGCCUGAACUUCCCACAUCACUGUAAUACUGACUGGAUCUUGGACCGAGGUCCCAACCUGACAGACGACAUAAAAAGAAAUCUCACCAUCCCUGUGAACAAGGAUGGAAAGUAUGAAAGCUGUGAAAUGUUCACACCUGUGGAUUGGGAUUUGGAAACUAUUGUAGUGUAUGGAAUCAACACUACAACAGGAUGCAUAAAUGGAUCAGAUUUUGAGGCACCCAAAGGAGCCUCCAGCCUUGUUACAGAGUUUGACCUGGUGUGUGACAGGAGCAGUGUGAUUGAGGCAUCGCAGUCCAUCUACAUGGCCGGUCUUCUGGUUGGAGCAUUGGUGUUGGGGCAGAUGGCUGACAGGUUUGGUCGUCGCUUUGUGGUCCUGCUUUCACUCCUUCUCCUUCUGUUGUUUGGUGUCGGUGCUGCUUUCUCACCCAACAUCUAUGUUUAUAUCGUUCUCAAAUGUUUAGGUGGCAUCUCAAUUUCUGGCAUUAUUGCUAAUGCAUUUGUGAUAGGUGGAGAAUGGAGUGAUUCCUCCAAGUUUGCUCUCUGCACCAUUAUCUGCCACUCUUUUUUCCCUCUUGGACUGAUGAUAUUGUCUGGCAUCGCCUAUUUGAUCCGUAACUGGAGGAUCCUGCAGCUGGUCCUCUUCAGCCCUCUUGUCCUUGUCCUGGGAAUCUUUUACUGGAUUCUUCCAGAGUCAGGUCGCUGGCUCAUCACCCAGGGCAAGAAAAAGGAGGCCAUAAAGGAGAUCCGGAGGGCAGCUAAGGUGAAUAGGAGGAAGGUCCCGGAAGACCUGCUAGACAAGCUGGAAGCUGAAGGUACAUCUAAAAGAGGAAACAUGUUGGACAUCUUCAGGAUAUCAUAUCUGAGAAAACGUGCUCUUGUAAUGAGCUACAUAUGGUUUGGAACAAGUCUGAUGUACUAUGGACUGAGCCUGAAUGUUGGCAAUUUUGGUCUGGAUAUCUACCUCACACAGUUCAUCUUUGGAGUAGUAGAAAUUCCUGCACGUCUGGGCAGUUUGCCUCUCAUCCAGCACUUUGGGAGGAGAAUAUGUCAAGCAGGGGUGCUGUUUUUUGGAGGAGCUGCUUGUCUGGGGAUACUUGCCAUCCCAAAGAGUAAUGUGUUGCAUUAAUGAUAGGAAUUUGUUGUGAUCUGUCUGUCCAUCCUUACCUGAUUUUUGAACAAAAAGGACAAAUUGCAUUCUUAUAACAAGACUAGGACAAGGCCGAGUAUAUGGCUGGCCUGUGUUUGGCCAGUGUGUAAAACUGACCCUUCACUAAGCCCCUCCCCUUUGUUGUUGCUAGUCCAUCAAGCUGUUUGACUUACAUGUGUAAAUUGACCAAACCAGCCUGAGAAUGAUGGAAAUCCAAAAUGACUGCAUGUGAGUCUAUGGAGCACAGCUAUAUGGUCACUGGACCCUGCUCCAAUGUUUGUGGGGCAGGACUUAGUGAGGUGGCAAUGGAAGACAUGAAUGCAAAUGUGACACAUUUCUCCUACUCUUUAAAACAUGUUUUGCACUCAUUUAUAUAUGUCUGAAAUAUUUUUUUUUUCUGAAUUACUAUUUGUCCCUCAGAUCUUCCCUGUAGUGGUAACAGUCAUAGCUGUCCUAGGAAAAUUUGCAGCAACUGCCAGUUUCUCCAUAGUCUAUGUUUAUACUGCAGAACUAUACCCUACCACUUUAAGGUAAGGCAGAAUGGUGUAGGUCUGAACUCCAUGUGUGCUCGUGUGGCGGGUAUCCUCGCUCCACUGAUAAGGCUCCUGGAUGUCUACCAUCACACCAUCCCUAUGCUGAUAUAUGGAAUCAUCCCCAUUGUUGCUGGAUGUUUCUGUUUACUGCUGCCUGAAACACGUAAUGUCGAACUCCAGGACCACGCUGAACUCAUAAAACCUGAGACUGGGGCUGUUGAGGAGGGAUCCUGCACUAAAGAGACCAAAUCAGAAAAGAGCACAAAAAUGUAAUUUAUGUGGACAUAAUAGUUUUCACAGUCUUUUCAUAUCAGGAGGAGCAGUGUACAUGCUCUCAACUGAUACAGUGGUAACAGUGCUGUGUUAGUAUGCAGGUAGCUAAAAGGCAAAGCUUUAACUGAAUCAUGUUUAACUGUUAUUAGGUUUCAUGUUUUACUUUUUUGGUUUGAAUUUCUAUUUUUUGUAGUUCUUGUAGUACAAAAUUGGUUUUGCUGUUGCAGAUGUUAUGGACUUGUUCAAUAACUGAAAUUUGUAUAUAAAAUAAAAUUUUCAAUAAGUCCUCA